GGAAAACUGACGCCGGCCGCACUCCUCGUAGCCUUCCCCAGAGGGCACGUUGAGCCAUGGAGCUUGAGGAAUUGGACCAGAGUCAUAUUGUCUACUUGGCGGCGUCCCUGAGCCUAGAAGUUGCCUUUCUGUGUCGCUUUGCCUAUGUCGCCUACAAGCACAGGAAGAGUAUCGCGGAGUGGCUUCAGUCGUGCCGCCUGUCGAAGAUCAUGUCAAGCCACCGCAGCAGAAGGGACCGGCGAAUCCAAGAAGGAAUCUCGCAGCACCGGCUUUCCGUGGCUCAAAGCAUGCUCAACUAUUUGAUCAUUGUCAUGCUUACGGCGAUCACCACCGUGCAGCUCAACCUUGUCCUCACUCGGACUUUGUGGCUGUCCCUGGGACAGCUGUGGUUGGUCCUGGCGCUCACCGUGCUCCUUUUACUUUGCAAGACCUUCCCCCUGCUGCAAACUUGGAGUCUUGACGUUUUCUACCUGGUUUUCUGUGGCCUUUGCGUGGGCUACGUCUCGAAGGAACUCGCGCCGCCCAGCACCUACGUGCGCUUCUCGCUGGUCUCGCUGGCGUUUCUGCGUUUGCCCGCCGUGGUCUUUGCCACGCGCACGCCCGUGGUGGUGGCAGGGAACCUGGCGACACUGCUCCAUGCUUUUUGGCGGGUCUCCAAUGAGGACUUCACCGCUCCCCAUGACACCGCUCUCACAGGGAACUUUGCGUUGCGCAUUGAGCUGAUGUGCUUCACCCACCUGAUGGGCUUCUUCAUGAUCAUGGGCCGUAUCAUGCGACAGAAGGUGGAGCUGGAGCUGGAGCGUGGCAACGUUGCCACGCAGCUCAGCGCCGCCUCCUCGCUGCUGAGCCUCACCUGUGAUGCCGUCAUCGAGCUGGACAGUGACCUGCGCCUCACAAGCCACUCCGCACAGCUGGCGAGCGUCAUGCUCAAUUCGGGCACUACCAGCUUGGAAGGCCAGAGCUUCCUGAGCUUCAUGCCACCGGAGGAGGCGCAUCGUGCCCAGGAGCUCCUCACCGGAGACGCAGCCAGCCAUGCCACAGUGACCGCGAACGUGUUUCACACGCGGCUUUGGGACUGCUUCUCCAGCAAGAUCUGCACGGAAGUUUUCCAAGUUCGGUACAACAAGAUGGACGGAGAGACCUACAACCUCUUGGGCCUCCGAGAGUUCACAGACGUCAAGUCGCUGGCAGGCAAGCGCGCCUCCUUCUCUUUGGAGGAGUCUGAGUCGGACCAAGCGACUGGACUGCCGGCGCCUUCCGGACGGAAGUUUGGCUCCAUCGAGUCGGUGUACUCCUUCCAGUCCGUAGCGUCCAGUAGCGUCGAGGAGUCGGAGCCGGAGCCCAAGAUGUUCCUGGAGGUGGAUGCCGAAGGCAUGAUGGUGCAUGCGGCAUCUGCGCCUUUAACCUCUUUGGCCGGCAUGGCCUUGAGCGAGGUCUUCCCGUCCCCACACACAGCACUGCUGUUCGCUCAGCUCAAGCACUCGGACGCUUCCAGCAGAGUGCUGAACUUCAAGGACCUUCCCAUCGCGUGCGCCAUGCCAUGCACCCGGAUCAGCGGCUCGAUGCGGGCCACGAAGAACCGCUACGGCCACGUCCACUUGCUCAUGGCCUUCGCCUUCGCCGAGUCCGAUAGGAUAUUUUCAAAGACUGCCCUGUGAUCUCGUUGCCGGCACGUCUCGAUGAGUCGACAGCGAGGUGCAUCUGAGACACCAGUGGCAAGCACCUGAGAGACGUAGUCCCCGAUUUCGGAGGGCCAAUCUGUUUGGUGA